CUUCUCUCUUCGAUAGAGAUAGAGAGAGAGAGCUGGAGAUCUCGUUACUCCAACUGUAGUAUGUUAUGCUAGGUUCAUAGAUCUUUGAAGAUAUCAAGGAAGAAGAAGUACUUGACCAAAGAUGGAGGAGUACGAAGUAUUAGAGCAGAUUGGGAAAGGGGCUUUUGGUUCUGCUCUUCUUGUGAGGCAUAAAAUUGAAAUGAAAAAAUAUGUCCUGAAGAAGAUUCGACUUGCCCGCCAGACAGACAGAUCCCGCAGAUCUGCACUCCAGGAGAUGGAGCUUAUUUCCAAAGUACAAAACCCAUUUAUUGUUGAAUACAAAGAUUCUUGGGUAGAGAAGAGUUGUUACGUCUGCAUUAUCAUAGGUUACUGUGAGGGAGGAGACAUGGCAGAAGCUAUAAAACAAGCCAAUGGUGUUCAAUUCCCUGAAGAGAAGCUUUGCAAGUGGCUGGUUCAACUCUUAAUGGCACUUGAUUACUUGCACACAAAUCAUAUUCUUCACCGUGAUGUGAAGUGUUCAAAUAUAUUCUUGACAAAACAGCAAGACAUACGGCUAGGUGAUUUUGGACUAGCUAAAAUUUUGACUUCUGAUGACCUUGCAUCCUCUGUUGUGGGGACUCCCAGCUACAUGUGCCCUGAGCUGCUUGCUGAUAUACCUUAUGGUUCUAAGUCGGACAUUUGGUCUUUAGGAUGCUGCAUAUAUGAAAUGACUGCUCACAAGCCUGCAUUUAAAGCCUUUGAUAUGCAAGCGCUCAUCAACAAAAUAAAUAAGUCCAUAGUGGCUCCACUUCCAACCAUGUAUUCUGCUGCAAUUCGGGGACUCAUCAAAAGCAUGCUGCGAAAAAAUCCAGAACUCAGGCCAAGUGCGGCAGAGCUACUCAAGCAUCCACACCUUCAGCCUCACGUUCUUAAGAUCCAUCAAAAAUAUAAUAGUCCUAGACGCAAUACUGUACCAGUCCACUGGACUGAAUCCAAUUAUAUGAAGAAAACAAGAUUUUCUGAACCAGAAGAUGUUCAUCUUGUCAAGGAUAGGGAGAACAGAUAUUCAUUCAGCAAUGAAAGGAUCUUGAACCCAAAUGUAUCUGGUUCUGAGCGAGAGUCUCUUUGUUCUACUGAAGGAAUACAGGAGUUCCCAAGUUAUCUGAAUGAAAAGCUAGCAGAAUUAUCAGUUGGAAGCACCCAUGAAGAGAUUGAUGUCUACAAGCCAAAAACUGUAAAGACAUCAAAUGUGGCGAAGAACCCUGGAAUGACUCCAGCUAAAGCUUCUGCAACACCAAAGAGAACCCAAAUUCGUCCAAGUCAUGAAUCAGUUCCUGUAUCAAAAACUCCAGCAAAUAAAUCUGUUCAGCCAAUACGUAGAGCCUCACUGGCUUUGCUUGCUAGAGCUUCACCCGUGGAAUCCCCUCGCAGAUCCAAUGCUAGUCCCCUUGGGAAAAUGAACUCUCCAGAUGUCUCUGUAAAUGCUCCUCGAAUUGACAGGAUUGCCGAGUUUCCCUUGACCUCAUCUGAGGAUCCCUUCUCUCCCUUCCGCAGAACUUUGUCCCGGUCCACAUAUGGCUCUGCCUCACCACAUUUUGUUGACCGUUCCAUCACCAAAGACAAGUGUACAGUUCAAAUUCAUGAUAGAACGUUUGCAAGGCCAAGUUUCAGUGAUGCAUGGCAUGGAAUUCGACACAAAACUUAUCAGUUGGGUGUGGAAGAUGGAAGUGAAUGCUCGGACAGGAACCCUACUGCUGGGCCAUUGGGAUGGACCUCACCUGACUAUCAGCAGCGUCGGUUUGACACCUCGUCAUACAAGCAACGAGCUGAGGCAUUGGAAGGUUUGCUUGAAUUCAGUGCACAGUUGUUGCAGCAAGAGAGGUUUGAAGAGCUUGGGGUUUUAUUGAAGCCAUUUGGGCCUGGGAAGGUUUCUCCUAGAGAGACUGCUAUCUGGUUAACCAAGAGCUUCAAGGAGACUACUAUGAGACAGGAAGAUUAAGAAAUUUAUGGUCUCAAAUGAAAAUGAAUUUAAUCACUUGCUUCAAAUUUGAUAAUCAGGUCAUCAAGCAAAUUGAUUUCAUUUUCCUGU